ACUCAUUUGUUUCGGAUGUGUGCUGCUGGUUAGUCUUAUGGUCGAGAAAUCUUCCUUUCGGAUUCUUGCAGAGAAGAGCCAAUACUCGGAAGAUUUGUGCUUGUAUAGAUAGAUAUCUGCCUUUUGUUUUCGUUUUUUCGGGUCCUUUAAGAAGAUUUAUGCUUGUUUCAGAGGCGUAGAGAGUUUUUCUUCUAUCCGUUUCAAUUUCCCCGGGACUUCGAUUGCCUGGCAAAAUUUUCUGAUUUCGGUACAGAAUAUCCUUAGAUUCCGGCAAUGGAGAGGUUUUCUUCACCGUAAGCCAUGGUUGCUAGUCGAAAUUGUUCAAUGGCUUUUUAUGUUCUAGUUCAAUUUCUUGGAAGACGAGAAAUCUUGUUUUUGCUGGAGAGUCUCUCGUUCUUGGUGGUUGUUUCUAAGCGGUUAAUGUUGGUCUAUUUCAGAGAAUGAAAAACCUUUUUCUUUUUUUUUCCCUUCAUCCAUCCUAGCGUUUCCACCUGAAUGUAAGGUUUCAGCUUCAGCAUCAUAGAACAAAUUGGAUACGUUUGUGACAUUAGGAACUCAAAAGAUCAACGUGGUUUCUUUACUUCAUCUAGUAAUCUCUCCUCUCUAAUAAUCGCCGUGUUUCAACCCGAUUUUGAGGUUUCAGGUUGAAGAUCGGCUGUUUUGAGUUUUGGUUUAGUGGUUAUGUCAUCGUUUACUCUCUUGAACAUGGAUCAAGUUUUAUUGCGGAUGGUUUCACAGGUCUGAGAGGAAGAGGAUUGAUUUUCUACCGAGAAAUGGAGCCCUUCCUCUCUUCUCCUUAUCUCUUUCUAUUUUCUCGGGUUCUAAGUAAUCUAGUGAGUUUGAUAGCUACCUCCUCUUUCUCUAUUUCGUCUUUCCUUUUCUGGCAAUGUUUUGCUUUUGGGUUCCCUGUUAGCUGGUUCAGUCGAAUUUGUAGAUUAUUAUGAAAGUCGUUACCAGAACAGAUUUACGAUGGAAGGACAGCCUUGUUAGGAUUGCAGUCUCUUUCUAGCAUUCAGAGGAGGAUUUUCUUUUCUUUGGUUCCGUACUUCCGUCUUCUCUGUUCUGUUCUCACAAUCUCAUGUGAUUGUGAGAUCACAAUGUUUUCUUUAUUUUAUCAGAGAAGAGAAAUUGUGUGGAUUUCUAUUCUGGUCCGAGUGGAAAUUUUGGUUUUGAUCCCUGGUUGCAGGGAAGUAGCCAUGGUUUAGGUCUAUGAAUGCGGGCAUCGUUGAUAAGGUUUAGUAAUGGGAGAAACAGGAAACAGAGGAGGAGCUGUUUAUCUGUUGGAUCUACGCUGAUGCAGUGGAUUAAUCGCAAACUGCAAUGAGAAAAAUAUGAUUUUGAACUCUUUGCGUGUAUACUUGUUCAUUCGCUGGCUUGAAGUUCAAAAUGUGGUUUCGACUUUCAAUGGUGAUUCGGUUUCUUCACUAUUAAUUGGGUAUUUAUCCUGGUUGUUCACGACGGAAGGCGUUGCAUCUUCUGAACGUCUCUCUCUCUUAUACCAGAGACUGAGCCCAGAGUGUCUUCCUCUUAGCAAUGGAAGGAAAUCCAACCUACGAACGUGUAAGGAAGAUGAUGGUGGAGAAAAUGGCAGAACCCCAAGUUGCAGCAAUUUGGAAGGGAAGGCUUUAAGAUUCAGAUCUGGAACGAGUCCUUCCAACAACAGCCCUGACAAGAACUUUUCCCAUUUUGUCAUAUCCGAUAGUCGACAAUCGGGAAACCAUUCCACCCAGAAGAACCAGAGCCACGAAAGCAGUCCCAGCCCCAGUCCCAACCGUGGAGUCGACGUUCUGUUGCAAUGGGGUCAAAAUAAGAGAUCCCGUCGGUCUAGAUCGGAGAACCGUUCGGUGACGGAUGAAUCGUCGGUGCAGGGCAGACAAGUGAUCAAGAUCCACAGGAAACUCGUGCUUGGGUUGGAGAAGCAAUCGUCUACAACGAUGACAAUGCCACCACCACUCCCUCCAUGCACUACUGCAUCCUCUUACACGAGGGGAACCAGCCUACGACCUUGCACGCCCUUCCGUGAAAGCUCAGGGUCUCAUCUCAGCAGAAACUCAGAAGAUCGGUUGGUUAUUGCUAAUGGGUCGCCGGCGAGGAGUAACGGUGGAGGCAGUAGCAGUACCCGCGGCAUACACGCCCCUGUAUGCCGAUCCUCUCCUCCUUCGCCGCCGGAGAGAAGCGAUAAAAUUGUUUCCUGCUCUAAUCCAGGUGAAAAUAAGCCCAAGGGAUCAGGGUCAACGGCAGUAGCAGCUGACCCCGUCAAUCACCGUGUGGAAUCUGCUGUGGUAGCACCAUACGAGCAAGAAGCAGCAGGUACAAGUGGUGCGGCAGCGGGGGCCGGUGGCUUAGGGGAGAAAGUGAACCUGGAUCCAUUCGAGUGGUCAAGGAUUUAUGUCUCACUUUCCAGGAAAGAGAAAGAGGAUGAUUUCCUCGCCAUGAAGGGCACUAAGCUCCCCCAGAGACCCAAGAAAAGGCCCAAGAACAUUGAUAAGACUCUGCAGUACUGUUUCCCAGGGAUGUGGCUGUCUGACCUGAAUAGGGGACGGUACGAAGUCAGGGAGAAGAAAUCCGUGAAGAAGCAAAAGAAAAGGGGAUUGAAAGGAAUGGAAAGCAUGGAUAGUGAUUCGGAAUAGAAGUCUCGACUCUUGACCCGUAAGAAUCAGAGAAUCCUAAGUUGCGGCUCUUUCUCCAUCACUUCUCCCCUAACAAGGGGCAAAGAGGAGAAAAUUGUGAAUUGAGAUGGUCACAGGGGAUGAGGAGAGGACUUCUGCUAGAGCUUGAGAUCUGCUCCUUCUCCAAUCAAACCUCCCAAUCCGGCUUGAAUCCUUCAUUUUGUAUCAAAUGAUGAUCCUUUUAACUUACGGAGCUUGUACAAAUUGUUUCCAAUUUGAUUAAACGAGUGAAGAAAAGAAUUUUGGUUUCA